AUGGACACCUCAAGUACUAUACCAAAAGAAAUUAUGAUAAUUGAAAGCCACAAAAAGCACAGAAUCAGGUUCAUCAAUGGCUUCUCCACUUGGUUUAAUCAGUUCAGCAUUCUCCUCCAAAGAAGCCUCAAAGAGAGAAGGCAUGAAACCUUCAACUCUCUCAAGGUCUUCCAAGUGAUUGCAGCCUCAUUAUUAGCCGGUUCCAUGUGGUGGUGCUCGAAUUUUCGUGAUGUUCAGGAUCGACUCGGGCUACUCUUCUUCAUUUCCAUCUUCUGGGGAGUGUUCCCAUCUUUUAAUUCUUCAUUUGCCUUCCCUCAAGAGAGAGCAAUCUUCAUGAAAGAAAGGGCUUCGGGUAUGUACACUCUCUCGUCCUAUUUUAUGGCACGAAUUGUGGGCGAUCUACCAAUGGAGCUCAUUCUCCCGACGUUUUUCCUCACCAUAGCCUAUUGGAUGACGGGGCUAAAACCUGAAUUGGGGGCCUUUCUUUUGACACUCUCCAUUGUGCUCGGUUACGUGCUCGUGUCUCAAGGGCUAGGCCUUUUUCUUGGAGCUCUGAUCAUGGAUGCCAAACAGGCUUCAAUGGUGGUCACUGUCAUAAUGCUAGCAUUUGUUUUGACAGGUGGGUAUUAUGUGCAUAAAAUGCCCUAUUACAUGGCUUGGAUCAAGUACAUUUCCUCCACAUUUUACAGCUAUAGGCUUCUGAUUAAUAUCCAAUAUGGAGGAGGAGAGAGAAUUUCAUAUUUUCUGGGUUGUUUCCACCAGGGAAACAAUAGUGCAAGUUGCAAGUUCAUUGAAGAAGAUGUUGCAGGGCAAAUCCACCCUGCAAUGAGU